AUGUCAACAAGCAAAAUAUUUAGAGACGACGUCUUAAAAAACAAAGUAGCUUUUGUUACAGGAGGGGGAAGUGGUAUAUGUAGGGGAAUGACCGAAGCUAUGAUAAGGCAUGGGGCAAAAGCUGUUAUCACUAGCCGAAGUCAAGAAAGACUCGAUAAAGCAGCUGAAGAAAUGCGUAAACAAACAGGAGGAGAAAUUCUCGCAAUUGCUGCUGACGUCCGUAAACCAGAAGAAAUUAUAAAUGCAGUUGAAAAAGCAAUCGAAAGGUUCGGUAAAAUUGAUAUCCUUGUUAAUGGAGCAGCCGGAAACUUUUUGGCACCUGUCGAAACUCUCUCUUAUAGAGGUUUUCGUACUGUAAUUGAGAUUGAUUUACUUGGAACUUAUAACACGACAAAGGCUUGUUUUCCUUAUCUAAAGAAAUCAAGGGGUUGUGUUAUAAAUGUUUCAGCCAUUCUUCACUAUCAGUCUACAAUCUAUCAGUCUCAUGUUUCAGCUGCAAAAGCGGGGAUUGAUGCUUUGAGUAGGAAUCUUGCAGCUGAAUGGGGACCUCAUUCAAUUCGUGUAAAUAGCAUUGCUCCUGGUAUAAUCGCAGAAACAGAAGGUCUGGCAAAAUUAUUACCUUCAGCUGCCGCUGGAUCCGUUACGGGAAGCAUUCCGCUUCAAAGAAUGGGAACUAUUUCAGAUAUUGAACAGGCAACAAUUUUUUUAGCGUCAGAUGCCGCUAGCUUUAUAACUGGUCAGAUAAUUGUUGUAGAUGGGGGUGAAUCUCUUAUGAGAGUCGGUGUUUUACCUUAUCCUGAGAGUGUAAUUGAUCCUACUAAUUUCUCAACAAAGAAAUUAGGUGUUAAAUUGUGA